CUGUCGGGCGGCGGCGGUGGGAGUGGGGGCGGUGCGCGCUGGGUGUCGCGGUGCGGCACGCUGCUGGCGGAGCUGAGCGCGUCGGCGGACGCGCAGCCGUUCCGCCGGCCCGUGUCCCCGCUGCAGGCGCCAGACUACGCGCGAGUGGUGGCCACUCCGAUGGACCUGGGCACGGUGCGGGCGCGGCUCACGGGUGGCGUCUACACGCGGCCGGAGCAGUUCGCGCGCGACGUGCGGCUCGUCUUCUCCAACAGCCGCCUCUACAACACCGACAAGCGCAGCCGAAUAUACUCGAUGACGGUGCGUCUGUCGUCGCUGUUCGAGGCGCUGUGGGCGCGCGUGGAGGGCUCGCGGUCGGGCGGCCGCUCGGGCGAACGCCCCGCUGCACGCUCCGCCGGCCGCUCCGCCGCACGCUCGUCCCGCGCGCCUCGCUCCCGCAGUGCACGCCGCACUCGUCGCGCCGCUCGACGCACUAGACGAGCAGCGCGAGCCGCAAGGAAUGGUCAGUGUUGCCUUACUUUGCAGUCACGCAAUUAUUGA